CAGAGAGCGGGAGGAGAGUGAGUGAUGCCGAAAGACGAAGAGAAAGGGAGGUCAGUGAGGAAGGCGCUGAGGGAGAUAUCGAACAACCAUGGAGGUGGCGGCGGCGGAGGAGGAGGAGGAGGAGGAGGAGGAGGGAGGUUCUCUAAAUCAUUCGCCACCGCGAAGAAGAAAGAAAAGGAAGCACACAAGCUCAGGGUCCAAGAACAUGAUAAAGAAGAAAAGGACCACCAAAACGACGACGCUCUCGAUCGCCUCCUGCUCGUUCAGUCCGAUCUCUCUGCCCUAACGCACCAGAUUGAUGAAUUGGUUGUGCAAGCAUUUAAAUGCCAAGGAAAAGCAACCAAAGAAGUCGAAUCCUUCACGAAUUUCUUGUCUGAGAUGCUUUCGUCUUUGAAGCCAUGGGUGCCCAGGUUUCAGAAGGCACUUUCCUAUCCGGUGGAGUCUGCUGCAGACGAAGGAGAGAGUGUACAGAUUGCGAGUCCACAAGACUCCUUAAUCUCUCCUUCUCCCCUUGUGUCUUGGCGUGCAGACUGCACUAUCGAAAGAGGGAGACAUCUGUUUAAGCUUACCCCUCUUCCCAUAUCAAUGUCUCUGUCAUCCAGACCCCCAGUCCCUUCUAGAACAUCAGUCUUUGAGAGAAUGACUUCGUGUACUGUUGAUAGGAUACCGAAGUUUCAUGCUACUUUCGGAGAUGCAAAUGAUGAUUCGCUUGAGCUUGUGGCAGCAAAGCCAACUCCAAUUAAGCCUUCUGAUUCAGUUGCUACUGAAGCAGGAAGCAAUCUCAAGCCUGGGUUUGUUUCUCCUCCGCCAAUGUUUCCAAAGCAAGGGGGAUCCAUGGUUGUGAAUGUGAUGACUCCAUGCCUAAAAAUGUCUCCUCCUAAAUCAUGUGUUCUGCUCGAACCCUUUUCGGAGUCCUCUCCAAAGGGUCAUCAUGGGGUUCAUAAAUCCACCCCGUUUCCUGUUGGAUUUACAUAUUGCAGCAAUUCCUCUGGCAGUGAAGCUUCUGAUGAUCUGGCUUUCAGGUAUCCAGAGCUGUUGGCACUACAACAGCCGUUCAAAUCAGAAAUUAGAAAGAACCAUGUUGACUCAUCACCAGAAUGGUGCAUAUCGCCUCCAAAAACUUGUGUUUUACUUGAUCCGCAUGAUGAAAAGUCUCCGAACAAUGCUGAUACUGAUUCCCAAUUGCUCAUUACCGGGCUUCUUCUAGAUAACCGUAUCAAUUUUUCUGUAUCAAAAGAAGAUGAUGGUCAAGGAGGCAUUCACCCAAUCAGGACAUCUUGUCUUCAUGAGCCUGCAGGUGGCAGCUUUGCAAUGAUCGAAAGCACUCCCAUCUGGAAAGAAGCUGAAAGCGUUGUUCAAGCAGGCAAACAUCCUGGUGAGCAUACUCUAAAGCGGGAGUUAUGGACAAAGUUUGAAGCAGCUUCUAUGAAUGGGGUUCGAUUUAACGACACUGCAACUCAUAAAGGAUUUCUUGACCGAUUGGAUGAGGUUGUCGACGGAGAUUAGCAGUUGGCUUUUGAUGACACAGUUUCAUGAUCUUUCGAAAAUUAUGAUUUGCUUGUACAAGGUGGCUGGUAUGUAUCUUUUUGGUUGCUACUUGAGUUUGCCCCUUCUCUCUCUGUGUUGUUGUUGAUGAACCAGCAAUCAGAAAAUAAGUUCGAAGCGUAUUUAUUCGAGAGAUAA